UUUCCUGUUGGCCACACUCAGAUCAUCUGGGGAAGCCGCUUUCUCCUUGUUGCUCCUGCAGGUUUCUGACAUCUCUCCAGACAGAAGAACCUCUGGAGCUCUCAGCAGCAUCAUCAUCCUCCAUCACUAGACUCCACUCUGUAAGAACCAUGAGUCACAGCCACCACAACAGCUCCUUCAACGGCACCCCCUGGUUCAUCACCGAAUGCAGCAUCCACCUGGAUGAGGACUAUCGACGCAUCACCCUGUUCCUCCUCUACCUGGUCAUCUUCCUGGUCGGCCUGGUAGAGAAUGCCCUGGUGGUCUGGGUCAACUGGCACCGGCGGCACUCUGCCAGCGGCGUCCUGUUCUGCGUCAUGAACGUUAGCAUGUCGGACCUGCUGGUGGUGCUCGUCCUGCCCUUCUUCAUGCUGGAGGUGAGCUUGAACGACGUGUGGCUUUGGGGACGUUUCCUCUGCGUCGUCACCAACCUCAUUUAUGUGGUCAACUUCUACAGCAGCUCCAUCUUCCUGGCCUUCAUGACCCUGGAGCGCUACCUGGCCCUGGCCAGGCCCUCCUCGCCCGCCUGCUUCCCCGUGGGGGCGCGGAGGCGCUGGCUGCUGUGCGGAGGCCUGUGGCUCCUGUCCCUCGGCAUGGGCCUGCUGGAGACGGCCCACGUGGACCUGCUGGAGUGGGACGAGCCGGGCUGCUACAUGAUGCCUGAGUACAGCUUCAUGGAGUGGUUCAUCUCCAUCUCCUUCCUCGGGCUCAUCUUCCAGUUCCUGGGGCCCACCGUGGUCAUCGUCACCUGCAACCUGCUGAUCGCGCGGGCGGUGCGCCGCGCCCCGGACGUGCAGGGCCGCCGCGAGGUGUGGCUGGUGCACGUGUACUCGCUGGUGUUCGUCAUGUGCUGGCUGCCGUACCACGUGGUCACCUUCCUGAUGAUGCUCGACGACAUGGAGCCGCUGCUGCUGAGCUGCAACGCCGUGGAGGUGCUCUACUUCUCCUUCAGCGUGGUGCAGUGCCUGUCGCUCUUCCACUGCGUGGCCAACCCCAUCCUCUACAACUUCCUGAGCAAGAGCUUCCGCACCAACCUCAUCAACCACGUGGUGCAGUACAUCCCCAGGGAGGACCUUGGCGGAGGGGCCGAGGCCGGCGCAGGAGGGACCGGGGCCGGGAAAGUGCCCAAGCUCAGCAACAUGAGCACCAGUGACUCAAAUGUAGUUUCGCUGACAGACAAACAGACACAGGAAGUGCAAACACAGCAGUGAGACUCUUCAACAGAGGAGGAACCAGUCCUCGGGGCUGUUGCUGAUUGAAGCAGGGGCUGUGUGUAGGGCUCAGCCAGGCGGUGAACCUUCCAAGACACCUCAGACUCCUGGUAGUCCCUCUUAAUGUCUCUGUUGAUUGCUUUGGUCUGACAGCUAACGCAUGUACAGACACUCCUCUUAUUAUAACCUCAUUUAACAAAUCGACACUGUAAAAAGAGAGGGAAAGGAAAGGGUUUCUGGUCUUUUUUGAACUGCCCCAGGAAUAUCUAGGCCUAGCAGCUUUUACAUUUACAUUUAGUCAUUUAGCAGACGCUCUUUCCAGAGCGACUUACAGUAAGUACGGGGACAUUCUCCCCGAGGCAAGUAGGGUGAAGUGCCUUGCCCAAGGACACAACAUAAUUUGACACAGCCGGGAAUCGAUCCGGCAACCUUCUGAUUGCUAGCCAAAGUCCCUAACCACUCAGCCAUCUGACCCCCAAGCUCCUGUUGGAUAACAUUAUGGUCGACUCCUACCAGAGAGAGAAGGAAUGUGUGUAAAAUAUAUGUUAUAACAAUUUUCCAAAUAGUGUUCUCUCUUCAUCGUUAUCAUUCUCUUGAGUGUGUGUGUGUCUGUGUGUUUGUUUGUGCUGCUGACAUACUGAAAAGUGACAGCAAUACCUCUCAACCCUGUUAAACAGUCCAACAAAUUUUGCACCAUUGCUAUGUCUUGAUAAAUACACAUUAUUUGAAUGGCAUUCAAAUGUACAAGGAAGGAUCACUGUCUCACUAACCCACCACAGUAUGUCCGGCCUUUUGUCAAGUCCAACCUGUGCGACUAAACGGAUACAUUUGUGUUUUGCCCUGGUGCCAGAUCACAUCCGAGCUCAACAGCACGGUGUAAGGUCAGGACACUGAGGACAGGGUUAGUUUCAGCCUUUCCAGAAGCAGUAAUUCUGCUGACAGUUUCCUUCCUGUAGCUUUAGGAAAAGAACGGAUUGACAGCAGUUAAACAAAGGGAAAGAAGCAGGAUG